UGAUUGGCUGCUUUCUUCGUGGCCUGGCAACCAGAAAGAGGCUUUACCAAACAUCAACCCCUGACUCCAUCCACCAGCCAUCGAUUGUUACCUGAGAAGAUUCAACACUCCAACUGCCAUCAUGUCUACGAGGACUCUGCCGCUGCUUUUUAUUAAUCUUGGCGGCGAAAUGCUUUACAUCCUGGACCAACGGCUUCGUGCUCAGAAUAUACCCGCCGACAAAGCUAAAAAAGUCAUGAAUGACAUCAUCACCACCAUGUUCAACAAAAAGUUCCUGGAGGAGCUUUUCAAGCCACAGGAGCUUUACUCCAAGAAGGCUCUGCGGACUGUGUUUGAUAGGCUGGCCCACGCGUCCAUAAUGAGACUCAAUCAGGCCAGUAUGGACAAGCUCUAUGACUUGAUGACCAUGGCGUUUAAAUACCAAGUGCUUUUGUGUUCCCGCCCAAAGGACAUCGUUCUUGUCUCCUUUAACCACAUGGAUGCAAUCAAAGACUUUGUGAAAGACACACCCAGCAUUCUCAGCCAAGUUGAUGAAACUUACCAACAACUCAUAGAGAUGUAUACGCCCUUAUGUAACGGUGAAUUCCAACUGAUUAGACAAACUCUUCUUAUCUUCUUUCAAGACAUGCAUAUAAGGGUGUCUAUUUUCCUAAAAGAUAAAGUUCAGAACUCAAACGGCCGUUUUGUGCUCCUCACCAGUGGUCCCGUGCCUCAUGGAACACAAGUUCCAGGUUUGAUAAGGACUUUUAGCUGUACUGGUGAAGAGCUGAACAGGCUGCAGUUCAUAAACGGAGGGGACUACACUUUGGCGCUCCGAGAAGGAUCCUUUGACAUUUUUGGAGACAGGGUUACAAAACUAGGCACCAACAUGUACAGUAUAAGCCGCCCCGUUGAAACACACAUCUCUGGCACAUCUAAAAACUCUGCUCAGCACACAAAGGUCAAUGCUGCCCCAAACCCUCUGGCCAAAGAGGAACUGAAUCUGUUGGCCAGGUUGAUGGGAGGCCUAGACGUGGAGAAACCAGGAAACACAGAAAGUGGCUUUAGGGUCAAUCUCUUUGCCACGGAUGAAGAAGAAGAAGAAGCAUUUUUGUCGAGACCGGAUGAGCUUUCAUAUGGAGUCAUAAACAUCCAAGCAACAAAGGACCGGCAGACCAAUGCAGAACUGGCCAAGAUCAUGGGAGAAUUCACCGAGUCUGGACCUCAAUCUCCCAGCUCUGGCAGCAAAGGAGACGACCUUUUGGCCAUGAUGGACGGUCUGUGACAGAGGUGCCCAUGAGCUUGGACACAAAAGUCAUUAACUCUCUCCUGAGAAUCAGUCUGUGGUCCAUUCCUGCAACAGCCUUCAGUUUUGGGCUGGUUUUAGGAUGUUUAUGAGAGCGGCUACUGCCACAGGUGCUGCUUUUCUCCAUUCAAUAAAAUUUGUUUUGAGCUGAGAUUAAGUUAAACUGUAUUCUAAAAGGAUGUUACAGGUAGCUUGUGUUUCUUAAAUUAACAUUUUUAACGUCAUCUUAGUGAACUACACUAAACGGAAUCAUUUUAUUUUAGACGUUGGUCACAAAUGUAAAACCACCACAGAGUUUCAAGGGUUUAAAGCAAAAUAAUCCCAUGAUUUACUCAGAGUUUAUUCUUGGUGAGGUUGUUAACCCUUUAUGUAUCCUAAUGAUCAUGUGAUGUAAAAUUAUAGGGUGGGAGAAUCAAUGAAAACACACAAAUCAAGGAAACACUUCUGCUGGUUUGAACUCUCUUUAAUUUUAAUCUGUUAAUAAAUGUCUCCGCCCAUCCGUUCAUUACCGUCCACUUGUCUGGGUUGGGGUCGCAGGGGCAGUAGCCUAAGCAGGGAGGCCCAGACUUCUCUCUCCUCAGCCACUUGGGCCUGCUCUUCCAGGAGAAUCCCAAGGUUUGUUUGUUUGUUUGUUUGUUUAUUAAGAUCCCCAUUAGCUGCUGACAUACAGCCGCUAAGGUGUUCCCUGGCCAGUUGAGAAACAUUGUCCCUUCAGCGUGUCCCGGAAAACCUCAUCAGGGAGGUGUCCAGGUGGCAUCCUAACUAUAUCCCCAAGCCACCUCAACUGGCUUUUCUCAGUGUGAAGGAGCAGCGGAUCUACUCCAAGCCCCUCCCAGAUGACUGAGCUUCUCACCCUAUCUCUAAUGGAGAGCCCAGCCACCCUGCAGGGAAAACUGGUUUCGGCCGCUUGUAUCUACAAUCUCGUUCUUUCGGUCACUACCCUAAAGCUUGUGACCAUAAAUGAGCGUAGGAAUGUAGUUCAACCAGUAAUUCAAGAGCUUCGCCUUCCAGCACAGAACAGACCGGUACAACACACUUAUCACUGCAGACACAGCACCAAUGCACCUAUCAACCGUGUGCUCCCUCUUUCCCUCGCUCGUGAACAGAGCAGGGUCCAGCCAGCCGCGCGGCGUUUCUGCUUGGGCUACGGAAACGCCUUAAUGGGGGUUGUAGCUUUUCACUAACCAAUCAGAAUGGACAUCAAAAUACGUUAUUUUCCCUGCUACGUUCAUCGAAAUAAAAGUCUACACUGAUUGAUCGCGUCGCACCGCCACGGCUAAAUAAAAGCCACCACACCUAUACAUUUUUUUUAAAGAUAUUGCCAUGACUCCAACUUGUUCUUUCUGUUUCGGAUCUUUAUUCCGGGUCACUGUUGGUCGCAACCCACGCCUUAACUUCAGGAAAAACAACGUUAACGUGGAUAAAGCAGGAGGCGGGACUUAAACACAGGUUCGGGUUUGGAGAGCAUGGAGCGUGCUCAUGUCAAACCAGUAGCACGAAAUGAAAGGGCAGGGUGAGCACAGCUGAUCAAUAACUGUAUUAAAAAAGACAGAACAGAUAGAUGAGCGGAGAAAAUAUCUUAUUUUGAAAUAUCGGAGGUGAAGUAACAUCUCAGGACCGAAUAAGAAGAAGGGGCUUCCCGUUUUGGAGGGGGCGUUCUCGUUUACAGACCAAAACGCACCUUUUAGCGGCUGGCUGGAUGAAUUUGCGUGAACAAGACUCCGAGAUACUUAAACUUCUCCACUUGAGGCAGGACCUUGUCCCUGACCCGGAGAAAGCAUUCCAUCCUUUUCUGACUCAAGACCAUGGUCUUGGAUUUAGAGGAUUUGAUUCUCUAAACGUCUCCCUACACUUUACGCAAAUGAGUUGACUAAGUUUAAAAGAAACUAAUUAAACAUAACCCAACACCACUACCCUGUGAUGGAGAUAAUGGUGGAGAAUGUGCAUCAGUGGGCUUCACUGUGACCCUGUUGUUAUAACAAAGUAUGACAAUACAAGAAUUUGUGAAUAUUAGGGGCAGCAGUGGCUCAGGAGGUAGAGCGGGUUGUCCAGUAAUCAGAAGGUUGUAGGUUCAAUCCUGGCAAGACACUUAACCCACCUUGCCUGCUGAUGGUGGUCAGAGGGACCUGUGGUGCCUGUGCUUGAAAGCCUGUCCUCUGUCAGUGCGCCCCAGGACAGCUGUGGCUACAUUGUAGCUUACCACCACUGUGUGAAUAUGUGUGUGAAUGGAUGAUUGAUGCACUUAAGUGUAAAGCGCUUUGGACUCCUCUGGCUUUGAAAGGUGCUGUACAAGUGUGGGUUAUUUAUCACUAUUUUAUUGUAAAAUGUAUUUUUUGUAUUUUCCUAUGUAUAGGGAAAUGUUGCUAAUUCAGCUUGUAUUAUAAUGUGCAAUUGAGUAUUUUGAAUAAAUAGAUGUUGAGUAAAUAGUUUGGGUUUGUGUACAAACACAUAAAUACUCAUUUCUAUUAAAGGAUCAGUAGAAUUUAAAUCCACAUUUAUCUUACUGAACAAAGCCAGCGUGGGAUGUCUACUGUUGCAUACCAAAAAGCCUGUGUUGUUUUCACACUGCUGUAUAUAUAAAUUAUUAAUGGCCGCCGAGAAACAGUUUGUUUUGCUGGCAAAAAAACACCAGAAUUGUAUAUUAACCAGAGAUGUCCCAUUCCGAUGUUGAUGUUGGGAGUAAUUUGAUAUCAGCCCAAAAACAGUGAAUCGGAUUAUAUCGGACGCCAUCAAAAAUCAAUAUAAGCAGUCUGUUCACAUUUUUGCAACCAACUGGUAAGAAAACAGUCAUUUGUUUUCAUACUUAUUGUUAUUGGCUUUUCUUCUCCGAUUGAGUAAUAUCACCUCAUCAAGCCUUUCAUACAUUCCACUUUACAUAAUAGGUAAAAGUAUGAUUAUUGCUGAUAUCGUAUCAGAUUGAUAUUGGUAUAGGUAAAUACUGAAGGCAGCAAUAUCGGUAUCGUAUCGGAAGUGGAAAAGUUGUAUCGGGACAUCCCUAAUAUUAACCAGUAACAGGAGCGUCCCAGAAGAUAUUUCCUUCUUCUGCUAAGAAGCCACAGCAUCUUUUUGCUUUACUCUAUUGGAUAAAGAAGGCUAGAGGCUAACUUUGAGCUAACAAUGCUAACGGCGAAUUUGAAGCUACUUUUUUGUAUCGCCGACAACUCGAUAUCACAGUGAAGUCAACUUACUGUGUGUGACUCUUGUCUGCUUGUCAUCUAGAGCAGGGGUGUCAAACUCAUUUUAGCUCAGGGGCCACGUUGCAAGAAAUCUAGUCCCAAGUGGGCCGGACCGGUAAAUUAAAAACAACUUCAGAUUGUUUUCUUUGUUUUAAUACAAUCAAUAUAAAACAAAGCUGGAGCCUGAGGACAGUGUAUCCAAAAUAGUACAAGUACAACACCUGAAGUGUACUUGAAAAUUUGAAAAAAUAAAUAAAUAAAUAAAUAAAAAUCCCUUAGUGAUUCAAAGAGCUUACAGAUCACAUGGCUAGAUCAGUUUCGUGCAGCACUUAAAGUUUAUUUGACUCAUUUUACUUUACAUCUUUUAGCUUUCACCAGCACAUCAAUAUCAGGAGUCACAUUUUGAGUGGCGGACAACUUCAGGAUGUGAUUCAAGUUCUUGUGUGAGCCUUGAGCACAGCUUUGUUUUAUUUAUACUCAUUACAGAGAAAACUUGCUCACAAAGAUACGUUUAUUAUCACUCUACAUUGUAAAGUAUGAAAAUAAAGUUUACACAAUCAUCUCGCGGGCCGGAUUUAAUUGCGGGCUGGAUCCGGCCCGCGGGCCGCAUAUUUGACACCCCUGAUCUAGAGUCUUCUGGUGCUGAUCUGUAACUGGCAACCGUCAUGAAACUCUUGAACCGGAGGGGCAUGUUUAAUACAUGGACUACAUUACCCAACUGUGACAACAGGAUGUAAUUUUUACUUCAUGCAUCUUUAAUAUUCAUGUCCUGACCUAGUGGGUGGGGCAAACCAGUCUUUUCAUUAAAGAUCUAAUUUAUCGGU